GAGCCAAUAGUGUUUCUUCGUGGAAGCGUAGAAAAUACAGUGCUGUUGCACGUUACACGUCGAUGGUUCAAGGUUAAUUAGCAUUGAUCAUUGAUGACGUUUCGUAAAAUUUUGACAAGAAUCGAUAAUAAUGGUGUUUGACAAAUUAAAUACUUCCGUGUUGAAGAUCAUCGAACCGUAUAGAAAAUGGGCCAUAGAAAAUCCAAAGUUACUGACGGAUUUGGAAGAAACAGUCCAAUGUUUAUCUUACUUCACAGCUGGUCGUUUCAAUAAUUCUACAUUGACAUCGGAGCUUAUUUAUUCCCUAUCGAACCUGAUAGUACUGUGCAAUGAUUUGUUGAUGUGCAGUGGAAAAUGUUUGCAUUUAAAGUUUCCCCAAUUCAAGUCGAAGAUCAAAAUUUGGCUGACUGUCGUGGAAUAUACAGAAACUCUGUUCGAGAUAUCUGCUAAAAAGAUAUGGGGACCAUCUGGAAGAUGGUUUAUAGUCAUUGUAAUACAAGUGUUUAAGACUGUGUUACGAUUAUUAUUGAUACAUGUGUACAAAGAAAAGGUAAUAAAGAGUCCUCCAUUGAAGCCACUUAAUAGAAAUCAGUUGAACGAGUCUGACGAGGAGAAGUUGAAAGAAGGAUUUACACUAAAACGAUCGGGCACUGUUGUCAGGAGUGUAAGGGGUUCAAAUUCAACACACAUGCGCACAUGGGAACCUCUGUCGUCUAAUGUUAAGGAUAAUCUGAACAGUUCACCUGUGUCAGAAAGAAACAUCGCUUUAGCAGAGAGUCUGUAUGUCAUGAAACCACUGUUCCACUUGGGCUGUAUAUCUUUAACUGGGGAGAAACAGUGGCCACCAUGGCUAUUAUCACUAGCCAUUGAUCUGUUUAGUUUAAAAAUAUUCAAUAAGGAAGUCAAGAAAGCUGUUUCGCUUAGUAAAGAGGAUGAACGAGAAUUAUACAAAAGAAGAUUGGCUCUGUUGCUUUACAUUUUGAGAUCUCCGUUCUACGACAGAUGCAGUCGUACUAGAAUAUACGCGAUCCUUACUGCAUUAUCCAAUAACGUGCCCCUUGCUAAGUUUAUAGCAGAGCCAAUAAAACGAUAUCUUCCACAUUGGCAGAGCACAUACUUCUAUGUGUGGUCGAGGUAACUGGAACUA